AUGGCGACGACCGCUCCGUCCUACGGUGCUACGACGACGACGGGCACCACCACCGCUGCGCCUGCUAAGCCGGUGUCCCCGAUGUCUGAUGUCAUGUUGUACUUCUUGGCUUUAUUCAUCCCGCCACUCGCUGUGUUCUUCAAGCGGGGCUUGACAGCUGAUUUCUGGAUCAACGUCUGUCUAUGGAUCCUCGGCUGGAUCCCAGGUGUGCUUCACGCGUGGUAUAUCAUCGCCAAGUCGGAGGGUGCUAUGUGA